CUUUUAUUCGGACGCCGGACGGCAUUUCAGUAUUUGUAUUCUGAUAGACGAUACUGCGGUUUACCUCUACCGUGAUUAGGACAUUAGGUACUCAUAUUUUGUCAGUACCUACUCACUAGUCACUACUGCCCAGUGGUCACUUUGCCAGUAGUUGUGGAGUGUGGACAGUGGAUGGUUCCUUAUCGGUCAUUGUUGUUUUCUGCGUAUACUACCUCCAUUUACUAAUAUUAUGUAAAUUAAUAAUAUCAUCAGCUUGUAUCAAUCAUUUUUAUUUGUAAUUAAUUAACAAUUUUUAACUACGUUAAAUUAAAAAAUAAUGCGAGCCGUUACACAAUAAUAUACCUACCUAAUUAUUUUACCAAUUAUUGAUGUUAUCGAAACUACUUACGCAUCUCUAUAUCCAAUUUAUUAACUAUAAUAUCAUAUUUAAUAUAACCACUUACGAGUUUUAUAUUUGUACUUUCGUUCCCAAACAAUAUUUUAUCGAUAACGAUUUAAAAUAAUAUAAUAUUAUGAACCGAUAGUCUUUGAAGUGUAGGAGUCGUCUCGAGUCGUCAUGGGGUUCUUGAGUUUUAUUGGACUCAUUGUGGUGUUAAAGUUCCUAGUGUAUUUUGUGUUGUUCUUUACCAGCGACUCCGACCUGGAACUCUGGUUUUAUGACAAAUUCAAGAGAAAUCUCGAUUCGUUUAAAGACAAGGUAGUUUGGAUUACUGGUGCAUCUAGUGGAAUUGGUGAACACAUUGCAUUGAACCUUUCUAAACAUGGCGCCAAACUUGUUUUGUCUGCUAGAAGUAAAGACAAACUAUAUCAAGUUAAAAACCAUUGCAUUGAACUUAGUGAAGGAAAACUAACUGCUAAUGAUAUACUUGUUUUACCAAUGGAUGUCACCAAUAUAUCUAAACACAAUUCAUUGUUUGAUAAUGUCAUCAGCCAUUUCGGCAAACUUGAUAUCCUUGUAAACAAUGCGGGUCGUUCACAACGAGCUGUGUGGGAAGAUAUUGAACUUGGAGUCGAUCAAGAAUUAUUUGAUUUAAAUGUAUUUCCUGUUAUAAAUCUAUCAAGAAUUGCAGUAAGAUAUUUUAAUCAAGUCGGACGUGGUCAAUUAGUGGCUACUUCUAGUAUUGCAGGAAUUAUACCGGCUCCAUUUUCUGCAACCUAUGAUGCAACUAAACAUGCACUUCAUGGCUAUCUUGGAGCUUUACGUCUAGAAAAAUUGCAUACUAAUAUUCAUAUUACUCUCUUAUGCCCGGGUCCCGUUUUCAGCAAUUUUCUUAAAGAAAGCUUCACAGGUCAACCAGGAGAAAAAUAUGGAUUGACCCAUUCGCCAACAGACAACAGAAUGAGUACUGAGAGAUGUGCACAUUUGUCAUGUGUGGCAAUAGCAAAUAAAUUAAAAGAAUCAUGGAUGGCAAAGUUUCCAUUUAUUCUAAUUGUAUAUUUUACAAUAUAUUACCCUGUAAUAUCAUACAAAUUUUAUGAACUCUACGGCUACAAAACCAUUAAUAAGUUGCGAGACAAUCAAUGAAUUAGAUUUAAAAACGUUAACAUUCAAACUUGAAAAUAUCAACGCAUAUUACUUAAACUAAUAUUUAUUCAUUAUAUUAUUUUUUUUUCAACAACUUUAAAUACAAAUACAUUUUUAUGUUA